GUUUCUUAGUAGCAGUUGUGUUUUGUAUGUCAAUUGAUUGUUGCUGCAGCCGGCUUUUUUAUGCGGUGAAGAUUUACAUGAACAUAUAUUAAUAUGGUUUUUCCUCACUGGAUACAUUCAACAACAAAAUAUAUUUUGAUUGGAGUAGGACUUCUGUGUGCUUCUGAAUGUACUUGGUGCUUAUAUAAAAAAUUCUUUCAAAGAAAGAUACAAUGCAGAGGUGGUGCCAGUAAAUCCAUAGCAGAAGUGUUAUUUUUUUCAGAAGAGUGUGAAAGGUGUCGAAAUCAUGCAAAUACUAAUAAGCCAUGUAGUUUAGCUUCUUGCCCGUUAAGAAAUCUCAAUAAAGUAAUUGAAUAUCUUGGAACAGCAACAACGAGUGUAGAUGUCUGUGUUUAUUUCUUAACCUGUAAUGUAAUAAUCAAAGCUAUUAUUGAUUUACGAAGAAGGAACAUACUUGUAAGAGUCAUUACAGAUGAUGAAUCUACUGGAAAUGAUAUAAGUCAAGUUUUGAUCAUGCGGAAAGCAGGUAUUAAAGUAAGAUGCAGAAGAUCAGAAUCGUUCUACCUCAUGCACCAUAAGUUUGUAAUCGUAGAUAAAAAGCUUUUGAUCAGUGGAAGUGCUAAUUGGACAAUGCAGGCUUUUUAUGGGAAUUCUGAAAAUAUUCUUAUAACUAAUCAUAAUGAUAUUGUUGUACAAUACAUGAAAGAAUUUGAAAAUCUAUGGCUAGAAUUUAGUGGUGAAGUGGAUGCUAACUCUUCAAGUAAUAUUGAAGUUAAUUUAUCUUCAAUGUCUCAAAAAGAAAAACAGUGCACAGAUGGUACAAGUGAACCCAUAGCAGAAGUUUUGUUCUUUUCAAAAAAGUGUGCCAGCUGUCGAAAUCAUGCAAAUUCUAACAUACCAUGCAGUUUAGCGUCUUGUCCAUUAACAAAUCUCAAUAAAGUAAUCGGGUAUAUCGAGACUGCAACAAAGACUGUAGAUGUCUGUGUUUAUAUGUUAACCUGUAAUGCUAUAGUUAAAGCAAUCAUUGAUUUGCAAAGGAAGAAUGUAUUUAUUAGAGUUAUUUCAGACAAUGAUUCCUGUGGUAAUGAUGCAAGUCAAGCUUUGAACAUGCAAAAAUCAGGUAUUAAAGUCAGAUGUAGGAAGUCGACCUGUCUUAUGCAUCAUAAGUUUGUUAUAGUAGAUAAAAAACUUUUGAUUAGUGGAAGUGCCAAUUGGACAAUGCAGGCUUUUUAUGGGAAUUAUGAAAAUAUUCUCUUAACUAAUCACAGUGACAUUGUUGUACAAUAUUUGGCAGAAUUUGACAAGCUUUGGGUAAAACUUGGUGAUGAAGUCAAUAUUAAUUUUCCAAAUAAUAUUACAAGAAGACCAUUUCAAAAUGGUAACUAACAAAAUGAAACAGGAUAUUUCUCUUUUUACUUUUGAAUGAUUAUAGUGAGACAAGUUAUAGUUCUAUCAUCAAUAUUUCUAAUUAGUUUAAUUAAUUCAUGUAAUCUCUUUUUUCUAUUUAUACAGAUGUAUCUUUUUAAUGAGAGACUAUAUUUAAUACUUUAGUCUCUAACUAUGAACAGUUCAUUAGAGUAUUGUAAUAGUUACUUAAUAAGCUUACAGAAUAACAUUAAGAAUUUUAAAUACAAAGUACAAAUUGGUGAAGUUUUAAAAAGUUUUAGAUGUUGAAUAUUUUUAUAUUAAAAAAUAUGAUAUAAGUCUUAAUAUAUUAUAAAUAAUGAAAAUACAAGGCGAUAUAUCCAGUAGUGAAAGAUGUUUGCUAAACGUGUGAUAUUUAAUAUCUGGUCUCAAAUUAGGGAAACAUUUCCAAUAUGUACGUAAUUCAACAUUAUUUACUUUUUCAAUUGCAUUAUUUGAUAAGUAAAUAUAAAGGUAAUAUCAAUUUGUAUAUUUGUAUGGUGAAUUGAUAUCAGUAUCUACAUCGAACGUUAAUGGGUUAAAAAAUUAGAAUAGUUCGAAAAAAUAAAAAAUAAAAAACGUAUUUUUUCGCAUGCAGUCAUAAAAGUGAAUGAAGACUUUUUAAUCUUUUCUAAAACGUUUUAUUAACUCAGUUAUUUUACCGACACCGUUAUUCUAAUUCUUUUUUUUUUGUUAAAAUACUGCGAUGAAUAUUGUAAAAUGGAUGCUAAUGCAUUUUUAAAUACUUUUUCUAUACCGAUAUUGUUUACAUUUUAUAAUAGUUUUCUUGAUCAUAAUACCUAUUAGUUUUAUUUAUUUUGAAAA